AUGGCGGAUGGCGGUGGAGACUCUGAUGUGGUUUCGGGGGUGGUCUCUCCGAUCGACUCUGAUGACGUCAUCACUAAGAAUGAGCAGAUCUACCUUCUGAUUGGUGCAAAGGUGAAGUGUGAGCGAGGCAUCCGGGCGCAGCUAAACUCUGUCAAGGAGAGUGAGUGUGUGCCGGAGUGGGAUGGCAUCAUCUGCUGGCCUCGAGGGAGACCGGGACAGCUGGUCUCUGUCGUGUGCCCCGACUACAUCUACGAUUUCAACCACAGAGGCCAGGCGUAUCGGCAGUGUGACGCGCAGGGCCGCUGGGAGCAGGUGGCCAGCAUCAACCGCACCUGGGCCAACUACACCGAGUGCACCACCCUACUGCUGGCCAACCCAGGGAACCGGGAAGAGGCUGUGUUUGAGCGUCUCCAUCUGAUGUAUACUAUCGGUUACUCAAUAUCCCUCAUCUCCCUACUCGUGGCUCUCCUCAUCCUCUGCUACUUCAAACGGCUGCAUUGCACGCGCAACUACAUCCACAUCCACCUGUUCACGUCGUUUGUGUGUCGGGCGGUGAGCAUCUUCGUAAAGGACGCUGUGCUCUACAGCGUGUCUGAGGAGCUCAAGGCAGACGAGGACGCCGCGGGACAGCGGACACACAUGGUGGGCUGCAAGGUGGCGGUGACCCUCUUCCUCUACUUCCUGGCCACCAAUCACUACUGGAUCCUGGUGGAGGGCCUGUACCUGCACAGCCUGAUCUUCAUGGCCUUCCUGUCCGACAAGAGCUACCUGUGGGCACUCACCAUCAUCGGCUGGGGUGUGCCAGCCGUCUUCGUGUCCAUAUGGGUCAGCGCUCGAGCCUCUUUGGCUGAUACUCAGUGCUGGGACAUCAGUGCUGGUAAUCUGAAGUGGAUCUAUCAGGUGCCCAUCCUGGCUGCCAUUGUAGUGAACUUCUUCCUGUUUCUGAACAUCAUCAGGGUGCUGGCCUCUAAGCUGUGGGAGACCAACACGGGGAAACUGGACCCUCGCCAGCAGUACAAGAAGUUGCUGAAGUCGACCCUGGUGCUGAUGCCUCUGUUUGGGGUGCACUACAUGGUCUUCAUGGCCCUGCCCUACACAGAGGUGACCGGAGUACUGUGGCAGGUGCAGAUGCACUACGAGAUGUUCUUCAACUCGUCACAGGGUUUCUUUGUGGCAUUCAUCUACUGUUUCUGCAAUGGAGAGGUGCAGGCGGAGGUCCGGAAGGCGUGGCUGCGGCGGAGCCUGGCCCUGGACCUGAAGCAGAAGGCGCGCGUCACCAGCAGCACCGGCGGCGGUUACUACGGCGGCAUGAUGAUGUCACACGCCACCUCCGGCACGCAGAGCGUCUGCCUCAGCAUCGGCGCCCAGCAUCAUCACCACGGCCCAAGGGCAUCCCCCUCCUUUCGAGCGGGGGGGUCUGCGGUGCCGGGGCCAAGGGUCAUCAGCCCCUCUGCCCUCGCCCCCUACUACAACAACAACAACAACAACAUCAUCAUCCCUCGCACACCCUCGGUAACCUGCCGGGCUACGUUGCCAACGGAGAUGCAGAGAUGCCCGUCGGCAUGGCGACCCAUCAGCAUCAGCAUCAGGAGUUGGUGCUGA